AUGCCAGCAGAAGAACCCCUCUGGCGCAAGAUCCUCGAGAUCAUCCUAGGGCAAUGGUUUCUAAUCGGCAUUGGCAUCGUCAUCCUCAUUGCCUCUCAAGCACCAGCCCCGACAAAAGACCAGGAUACAAUUGAAACAGUGAUCUCAUAUCUCUGCGUCACAAUCAUCUUCUUCAUCACGGGGUGUACACUGUCCACACGCGCAUUAAUCGAGAACUACAGUCGUUGGAAAGUCCACCUGUUCGUGCAGAUACAAUGUUUCCUGUUCACGUCGGCGUCUGUCUACGCCGUUGUGUCACUAUGCGCAACGAAUCCUGAUUUCAUGGAUGAGGCUUUACUUAUUGGCCUUCUUCUCAUGGGGUGUGUCCCGACUACCAUCUCAUCCAAUGUAGUCAUGACGCGGAAUGCGCACGGCAAUGAUGCUCUGACGGUGGUGGAAUCAACUAUCGGGAAUUUCCUGGGGCCUUUUUUAACGCCCCUGCUUAUUCAGAUGUAUUGUCUGCCGAAGCCAUGGUAUACCGAUUUUCUUGGCGAGGAACAGGGUAAUUAUGCGGCUAUCUAUGCGCGUAUCUUUAAACAGAUUGGAUUAUCCGUCUUUAUACCUAUGGUAAGUAGAGCUACCUGCACACAGAAACCUCAACCAAAAGAAGUAAAUCCAUCAAUACUGACGAAGAAACCCAGUUCAUCGGCCAAAUCCUCCAACAUCUCUUCCCCAAACCCCUUCGCAAAAUCUUCACAACCUGGAAACUCAACAAACUAA